CUGGGCCUAAACUAUCCGCGGUCCCGGACCGGUUUCUGGGCGAAGCUGCCAUGCCUUCCGGGGGCCGCGGGCGGUCCCGGCUACGGCUCGGGGAACGUGGCCUCUUGGAGCCACCCUCACCGCCCAAGCGCCGCCUGCUCCCGCGGGCGCACUUCUUGCCCCUGCUUCUGCUGUCCCUGGCCGUGGCCUCGGCGUUCUACACCAUCUGGAGCGCCUGGCACCGCCAGACUGAGGAGCUGCCACGGGGCCGGGAGCUGCGGGGCCAGUUGAUCGGAAGCCUCCCCGAAGCUCGGCUGCGGAGGGUGGUGGGGCAACUGGAUCCACACCGUCUCUGGAACACUUAUCUGCGCCCCCUGCUGGUUGUGCGGACCCCGGGCAGCCCUGGCAAUCUCCAAGUCAGAAAGUUUCUGGAGGCUACACUGCGGACCCUGACUGCAGGCUGGCAUGUGGAACUGGACCCCUUCACGGCCUCGACACCCCUGGGGCCACUGGACUUUGGCAACGUGGUGGCCACGCUGGACCCAGGGGCUGCCCGUCACCUCACCCUUGCCUGCCAUUAUGACUCCAAGCUCUUCCCAUCUGGUUCGACUCCCUUUGUGGGGGCCACGGAUUCGGCUGUGCCUUGUGCCCUGCUCCUAGAGCUGGCCCAGGCCCUCGACAGGGAGUUGAGUAGAGCCAAAAAGCAGGAAGCCCCAGUGACUCUGCAGCUGCUCUUCUUGGACGGUGAAGAGGCACUGAAGGAGUGGGGGCCCCAGGACUCCCUCUAUGGCUCCCGGCACCUGGCCCAGCUCAUGGAGUCUGCACCCCACAGCCCAGGCCCCACCAGGAUCCAGGCUAUCGAGCUCUUCAUGCUUCUUGAUCUCCUGGGCGCCCCUAAUCCGAACUUCUACAGUCACUUCCCUCACACGGCCCGCUGGUUCCAUCGGCUGCGGAGCAUCGAGAAGCGCCUGCACCGCAUGAACCUGCUACAGUCUCAUCCCCAGGAAGUGAUGUACUUCCAGCCUGGGGAGCCCCCUGGCUCUGUGGAAGAUGACCACAUCCCCUUCCUCCGCCGAGGUACUUGCUGGGGGGGAGGGGGAGCAGGGGCUCGCAGCAUCCAAGGGACGACAGGGGUCCCGGUGCUCCACCUCAUCUCCAUGCCCUUCCCCGACGUCUGGCACACACCCCACGACUCUGAGGCCAACCUGCACCCCCCCACGGUACACAACCUGAGCCGCAUCCUCGCUGUGUUCCUGGCUGAGUAUCUGGGGCUCUAGCCUCCGUAGCUGACUCUGAAGGAGAAGUGCCCGGCCAGGACACGCCAAGGACACAUGGAACCAGCUCAGGCCAGGAUUCCCCGGGGUAUGCUGCCUUAUCCUUUUCUUUGGUAUGAAUUCUACUUGCGCUAUGAUUGGAAGACCCACUUUCCUUUGACUAUCUCAGGCUGCCACUCUUUAAAGACAUGGAAGAGACGAGAAGACUGUGGGGGCGGCAGCCGAAGAAAUAAGAGCUUGGACCCCGUCCUGGAGGAAGGACUUGGUCUGAAGGUUUGCAGGGGCCAAAGGCUGUUCUCAGUUUUAUAGUUGGCACACCUUGGACUGGCAUCUGGACCAGCAGCACCACCCCACCAAAUCUCUGUGGCUUAUGUUUUUAGGUCCAUGGAUUGCCGUGUGGGGUCCACAGAGGAUGUGCUUGGAAGCAGGAACAGAGGAGGUGGAAGCCAAUAUUUGGGAACUCGAGUCAGCCAGACCCAAGGGCGAUGAACCAGUGUUUCUGUGAAACAUAUUCUACAGAAUUAGCUUAACUAGAUGUUGCAUGAAAAAGGGGAUCGAAGAUGUGGGGUGAGAAAUGAGUUUCUUCGUUGUGCAAUGUGAAUUUUGAAGAGUAAGGCAGAAUGCAGUGUUGUUUCCCCAAA